AUGCAGAUUAGAAAAUCAAUUAUGUUGAGAAAAGUCAUCUGGUUCGUCACCUUUUUCGUAUUAAUCGAUUCGUCGAGAUCGGAAUUGUUCAACUUCGAAAACUUCUAUUCCCUCGUUAAGAUAUUUCAUUUCGACGAAUUGUUUUCUACAAAUGUGACGGAUAACGAACUUUGGUAUGGUUUGUUAAAAGACUGUGACAAAAAACUGACGUUUUCGUGUAUUCAAAAAAAUGCUUAUACUUAUUUAAAUGGUACCUUCAGUGAUAGGAACAAUAUUACGGUAUUCAAUGGUUUAACGCUUACGAAAAAUAAUUUAGAUUAUGGCUCGUGUAGGAUAGAAAAUGAUCAGAAGAACAUCGAUGAAAAUCUUGUCGAUGGGUCAAUGAAAGAAGAUUGCAAUUUCAAGGAUGAUGACGAUGAAAAACAAACCGAUGAAAAUGAUAUGAAAAGUGAUAGAACAAUGGAUGAACCGCAUAAAUUUCCGUUGGAAGAAAUAACAGAUGCACUUCGACAAAAAGCAAUGAAAUUCUUGGCUACCAGAAAUUACGAGAUUCAACUACCGAAACUUUUCUUCGAAGGAACUAUGAUGAAGAUUAGCCCACGUCAAAUUGAUGAUAGCGGUGCACUUGUUAGAUUAGAUUUUAUCCAAGGCGGUGUUAGUACUCAUGGAAGAUUGUUUAAGAAAAUAAAAAAAUUUAUACAAAACAAACUGCUGUUGAGUUUUCUAGCUCUCAUACUGCUCAUCAAGCUAAUCAAAGUGAAGUUCUUAUUUGUGAUACCCUUCUUAUUUGGAGUAGGUGCUGCAAAGAAACUAUUCUUAAAAUUACUGCUCUUUUUUAUUCCACCGUUCGCACACAUCUUUAAGUUAUGCUCGAGUUUCUAUACGUCUUAUGGAACGAAAUAUCAUCACCAUCAUCAUCAGAUUGCUCAUCAUCAUCAUCAUGUUCCUGUUCCGGUACCGGUACCGACUUACUACGAUCAUCAUCAUCAUCACCACGCAAAUGACUUUAAUGGUUAUAAUUACGCUCAUCCACACAUCCAAUAUCGCAAAGACGCGGAGGAAUUGAAAGAGUGGGGUAUCGAGCCAUACGAAGAUUUAUACGAGGAUGUAAAUAGACAUAUUUCUGGUGUUCAACCAGAUGCUGAUGUAUUACCAGUACCAGUCGUUGCUCCAGUUUCAGGAUAUCCUGCAGGAAUGACUUAUAAUGGUCCUUAUGGUCUUUCCCAAUAUGCACCAAACGCCAAAUCUGUUGUUCCACCUUCCUAUCACGACAAGUAUUCUGCUUCGAUUUCAGCUCACGCACACAAUUUGGCCUACUCGGGAUACCUUGAUGAUAAGUACAAUCGACGUGUCGUUGAACCUAAUGGCAUAGCCACUACUGUUAAGGCUGUCAAUGUUCUAUCGGGUGGUUCAGUAAAGGCAGCAACAAAGAACAAGAACAUAAGGAAUCCUUAUGGGAUUCUAAAUCAACAGAACGUUAGACAGGUCACGAUACCAAGGAUAACUAAAGCAGUUGCAACUCCGAAUAAUUCUAUCGUCCGAACAUCGACAGCUGCACAAAUUUAUGACGAUGAAUAUUACGGACCAAUAAUGAGUCGUCUCGAAGAGAUUUUUGUUCAGCUGAGAUUUUUUGACGAAUCUUGCCGAGAGAGACUCGUCUGUAGCAUGUACAAAAAUCCAAUCAUUUAUUCACCUCACAGUAAUCUAGUCUCGAACGAAUUAUCCAGAGAUCCGCAAGAACUCAAACGUGGCACAUUGGAGAGUGCUUCCAGUCAGAAGUUUCAUAAAUAUUUAAAUGCAGCAAGAACAGGUCAAGAUCGAGGCGACUGUGUAUGGACGUACCCCUGUCACAUAAAUACCGAAUAAAUCCCGUUUAAUUCUUACAGAAGAUUUUUAUGAUGCAUGAAUGCAUCUAGCAGUAAUUAAAUAAUCCGUGCAAGAAAUAAUGCGUGCCUUGCUUCCGUGAAGUGACGUGCUAGUGAAAUGCGUGUUCUUCAGUGUGACUAUUCAAUCUUUUAGCA